AUGACGACACAUACAGUAGAAAAACCUUUUACCUGUGAUUUGUGUGGGAAAGCGUACAAAAAGUCGGAUUACUUAAAGCGUCAUAUGAGGAUACACACAGGUGAAAAACCUUUUGAAUGUGAUGUGUGUGGAAAGGCAUUCAGCAAAUCGUUUUCUUUAAAGUAUCACAUGAGGUCACAUACAGGUGAUAAACCUUAUGCAUGUGAUUUGUGUGGAAAAGCGUACAUGCAGUUUUAUGACCUAAAGAGACAUAUGAGGACGCACAGAGCUGAAAAACCUUUUGAAUGCAUUGUGUGUGGAAAGGAAUUUAAGCAAUCGGAUACUUUACGGAAACAUAAGAGGCUGCAUUCAAUCCAAAAUCGUUAUGGGUGUAACAUAUGUGAGAAAAUCUUCAGUCGAUUUGAUAACUUACAGAGACACAUAAACAUACACACUGGCAAGAAUCCUUUUAAAUGUGAUGUAUGUGGAAGACAUACAAUCGAUCCGAUAGCUUACAGACACACAUCAGGGUACACAAUGGUGAAAGGCCUUUUGAAAGUAAUGACUUUUAACGACAUCAAAAAAUUAAAGAUUCACAUGAGGACACAUACAGGUCAUAAAGUUAACACGUGUGACUUGUGUGCCAAAACUUUCACCCGAUUAGACAACUUAAAGAGACACAUGUGGACACAUACAGACGAAAAACGUUACAAAUGUAAUGUUUGUGGAAGGGAAUUCAACAGAUUGGAUGCCUUUAAGUAUCACAUGCAGACCCAUAAAGGUGGCAAAUCUUAG